GAGUUCGGAGUUCGAGAACACUUCGGUAGAUUUCGACGUGUGAGAAUGUCCGUUAUUCAAAUUUAUCGAGAAUUAUGGAUAUCCCUUUCUUAGUAAGAGCUGCAUUCGCUGUUUUGUCAUGUUUGGUUAUCGUGCGACGCGGAUUGAAGAAAAAAUCUCUUGAUUUAACGGGCGCUGUUGCUUCUGUUGUGGUUGGUUUCAUAUUGACUUUGAGCAACCUAUGUUUUUUCGCUUCCUGUGUUACUUUCUUCCUGACAAGUUCUAAGCUAACGAGGUUCAAAUCCGACAUCAAGGAAAAAGUUGAGGACGAUUUUAAGAAAGGAGGCCAGAGAAACUGGAUCCAAGUUUUGUGUAAUGGGGGUGUGCCAACACUGCUUGCAUUGUUUUACAUGAUUGAUGUUGGUAUUGGUGAACAUGCAAUUGACUAUGCUAAGGAUUUUACUGCAUCAGUGCUCUCUAUUGCCGUGCUUGGAUCCUUUGCAUGUAGCUGUGGUGAUACAUGGGCAUCAGAAAUAGGGACAGCGAUAAGUUCCCAUGUUCCUGUACUGAUUACAACGUUUGGUAAAGUUCCUGUUGGCACAAAUGGUGGCGUCACAAUAACGGGUACAGUUUCAAGCAUUCUUGGUGGUACAGUGAUUGGAAUUGCCUACUAUUCAACCUUGGUAGCAGUCUUGACAAUUCGUAGAAUCACAGUUAUUCCACCCCAGUGGCCAGUCAUUGUGAUUGGUUGUUUAGGAGGCUUUCUGGGAUCUGCUUUUGAUUCCUUACUGGGAGCCACAUUACAAUACUCAGGUUUCUGUUCAGUAAAGAAACGUGUUGUACACAAGCCAUCUCCAACUGUAAAGCACAUUUCAGGACGAUCAAUCCUGGACAAUCAUGGUGUUAACCUUGUUUCAUGUCUUCUUACAAGUAUUGUAAUGCCCAUGAUAGGGUACUUUUUAUGGAAAGGAAUAACAGAGACUAAUAAUUGAGUACCAGUAUAUUGUGGUUUACAAACUCUAGGUUCUCAGUCGUGAAUUUGACUUGCGCCUUGUUGGGAGAUAGACAGCCACCUGUACCUUAGUUCACAAUAACUGAGAAACAGUAAAUAACCUGAUGGGUAGUAACUGCACGUUGGGCGUAAGACAAAGAGAUGCAAGGCUGGUGCUUGACCAGUAUGUGUGGUGGUGUUUGCCAGUCCUCAGUAAUAGCAAAUUUUCAGUAUUGUUUAUCUGAAAUGCUGUAUUUUUGACAGAUUGGCAUCCCAUCCAGGGGAUGUAGGGGUACCUCAGCUUUGUAAUGCAGAAACCAUGUGCUUGAGACCGACUGCACAAACCAGAGUGGCCUUUUGAACUUCAAAUAGGUUACAGAUUUUUGUAUUGAGGAAUUGGUGAACCUAGUCAAACUGAGUAUUCUUAGAUUAUGACCUUAGUUUUGCUCAAGAGGCAUGAUAUUACUUUCUUUAUAACUUUUAAGCGUUUGUUUUUUUAAUGCAGUCGAACCCCUAUUAAGGUGGCUCCAUAGGGUAAUCAUUUAUGGCGUUGUGCGUG